UAAAUAUUCCGACGGCACUUGAAGGCAGCGCCAGUCUGCACUGCAUACGCGCCGUGGCGGAGAGCGAAGAUGGCGGCGAGUCACGUCGAGCCGGAGCAGGAAUGGAGCGACCGGGGCCUGGACACGGCCGAGGACACCCUGGUCGCAAUGGAGACCCUGCUGGCCACACUGAGGGCCUUCGAGGACGUCCUCAGGCAGCAGGAGACAUCCACCGCGUCCUCCACGGAGUACUGCGACAACUUCUGCCAGGCACUAAUUCACUACGCUGGGAGCAGGAACUCUAUGGAGCAUGGCCUCCCUCUCCUGGAGGUUUACUGUCUGUCCAUCAACUGCUUUGCUGCAGCCCGGUCCCACCUCACAGCAGAGUCUGACAAAGUGGCCCUUGUUUUGAAGAGACUAGCUUUGAGCUGUUUUGAGUUGUUGCUGUCAGUGCCUGAGAAUGAAAUCCCGUACGAAGCCUGGGUUCAGUUUCACCACUCUGUUCAGAAUGCCCAUGAUACCUUAUUACGGUAUGGAAGUACAGAUCUCCAAGCUUUACUCCAGAUCACGGGAGAGGGAGGCGCAUGGAGCAACCCAGUCCUCAACUCGCUCCUCAGCGGUCAGCUCACCAGCCAAGAAGAAGUUGAUGCAUAUAUCACCUUGGAGGGCGAGGGCUUCAUGGAGAUGCGGGUGAAACAUCUGGAGAAGAUGGGGGAAGUUGCCAAGGCUGUGGUGCUGGCUAAGUCCUGCACCGAAUGCAGCUUCAUCUCCAACCAGGCUACUUUUCGCCAAACAUUCGUCUCGCUGCUUUGUCACCUGCUGCCCAGUGAAGAAGCCAUCAUGGAGAUAUCCAGACUUGACUGCAAGGAUGUCCUGGAGAUCACAUGCAACUUGGAGACAGAGGGGGAGGAGAAUACGGCCUUCAUCUUGUGCACAACUUUCCUGACUCAGCAGCUUCAGCAGCAGAGUGAUUACUGCUCCUGGGAGUUGACUCAGUUGUGGAGUAAACUUCAGAAGAGGAUCGACCCCUCGUUGCUGUCUCUUCUGGAACGAUGCCUUCAGCUUGGUGCCAUUGCCAAAACGGUCCACCAUUUGCUUUACCUAGUCCGUGUUAUUCAGGCUGAGGCAGAGGACAUUGGGGUACCUGCUUCAGUCGAACUGUGUGUCAAAGCCCUGCAACUUCCAAAGCAGAAAGACUCAGACACAAGGAUAUCUGUCUGCAAAACAAUGUCCUGUCUUCUUCCAAACGACCUUGAGGUGUUGCGUGCCUGCCAACUCACAGAGUUCCUGCUUGGCCCCAGUCAGGAGGUAUUCAGCUAUCUUGAGGAGCUGUAUUUACGGCCAGACCAAAAGCUUGAACAGGAAAAUGAAGUCAUUCCCAACUCACUACGCUGCGAAUUGCUACUAACUCUGAAAGCUUACUGGCCCUUUGAUCCCGAAUUCUGGGACUGGAAUACUCUGAAGUAUCACUGCGUCUCUCUUCUCGGGAUAAUCCCAGAGUCAGAAGGGGAAGAGGAGGAGUUGGUGGACAAACAAGAGCAGGUUAAACAAGAGCGACAGGAGGUAGCUGUGAAAGUAGAAACUGAGCAGAAGUGGAUAAAUGGAAAUCCUGAUGGUUAUGAGCAACAGAAUACAAAGCCGAUGUCUAACUUAGCAAAAGUCCAAGGGGAAUCUGAGGUAAAGAAACGCAAAUUCUACUGUAAGAUUUGUAAGAGGUCAGUCGCUGACACUCAACUGGUUCAUCACUCCAUAAGACACACAGAGGACAACAGCCACCCCUGCCCUGUGUGCCUGGAAAGGUUUAAGAGCAGAAAGGAGCUCGUUCCUCACUUAAAACAACACAUUCUGAGUAAAACACAUCUUAACAAAAACAACCUAAAGAAAGAGGACGAGCAGAAACGGAUGGAUGAGGAAGAUGACAUUGAACCGGGUGAGAUCAGCAUUGACCCUUCUUUAAUGCUCUAUUACAAAUCCACACAUGAUCCAGACGUGCUGGACCACAUUGUGCAGCAAGCCAAUACUGUAAAGGAUAAGUAUCUGGACGACGAUGAGCAUGUAACUUUCGAUUACAUCGAGCAACACUUCAAACUGCAGAACCGGGAUGAGUAUCCAUGCCCAGGAACUGGGUGUACCCGAGUUUUUAAACAUUCCAAGUACUUGUAUGUCCAUUUAAAGUCAGAGCAUAAAGGCGAUGAGAAUGUGAAAUAUUUUCAACAGAGCAGAGACAAGCGGGAGAAGUGUGUCUUCUGUAGGCGCCAUUUUGUCUCUGCUUACCAUCACCGCAAACAUCGAAGGGUUCACUAUGGUGAGCGACCCUACAUGUGUGCGGUUAUAGGUUGCGGUGCUCAGUUCAAAACUUCCCACCAACUUGUCACACACAAACAGACCCAUGGAUAUCAGCUCAACUUCCAGUGCGAGCUCAAAGGUUGUUAUGUUACCUGCUCUGACUUGGGACAAAUCUAUCACCACGAAGCACAGCAUUUCAGAGACGCAGCCUUUACCUGCUGCAGCGCUGAAUGUAGUAGAUAUUAUUUAUCAAAAAAGGACUUUAUAAACCAUUUAUCCACACACAACAUCACCUUCUCUGAAGAUGACUUCGAGGCUCAGAGGAAGGCAAAGCGAAAACUUUUCAAGACUGUUAGUGAACCGCAAGUUCGCCUUAAUAAGUUGCUUGAUUCAGAAGAGAUUGUAAGCAGAGAUAUCCUGAACUCUCCCUCAGUGAGUUGUGCCUCUCCUAUGCAAGAAUCUGACCACAUAGAAACCAAACCCACAAUGACCUUGGUGGCUGUGUGUUUCGAUGGAAGCAAGUUCACCUGCGGGUUUGAGAAGUGUGGCAUGACAUUCUCCCGGGCUAGAGACGUCCAGCGACAUCUGAAAUGUGCCCACCCAGAGCAUCUUAAACUGGAGAACAAGGAAUUCAAACAUGAAAAACAGCAGGGCUCAAAGUCCAAAGUGGUAAAGACUGAAACUGAGCCAGACGAUGAGGGGAAAGGGAAACAUGAGCUCUCAACACCAUUUCAACCUGUGGAGGCUGGAAAAGAAAGAAAAACACCUGAUCCUCCCAAAGACAAUGAAACAAACUCUUCAAGCCUUCAAAUAAAUACUGAUGAUUUAAAUGAGAUUCUCAUCGGGCUUAGUAAACUGGACCUGAAUUCAUCAUCCCCUGAUAGCGUAUCGGUUGAGCCCACUAUGACCAAACCAGAACCUAAUACAUCACAAGUAUCUCUUCAUCAGGCGAUCAUUGCAAAGCCUCCUGUUGUACUGCUCCAGAAGAGACCUCCACAUCUGCCUGAGGAAAAAGUCCAGAUCAAAACUGAACAAACAUCUGUAACUGAUGAAGACAGGGGUGCUGAAUCAUUAGCUAAUGCUAGGCCGUACAUCUGUCGGAUAGAAAAUUGCCACUUCAGGACUGCUCAGAGUUUCAGCUUACAACGACACUAUAACAGCCAACACGGUCGAACCAAGGAACAGGCCAGAGGGUUGACUUCCUUAAAAACCACAUGUUUUAAGCCCUACGUCUGCCUUCUCUGUGACAAGAGUCAAAGACAGAAAAGAGGGUUGCUAACCCACUACCUUAACAUACAUAAGAUGAGCGCGGCACAGGUGGAAAAACUAAGAUGUGGAACUGUGUCUGAAAAUCAGGAGACGAACCAAGAUCUGAAAGUGAAGAAGAAAGAGAAGUUACAGCUUCACCCUGAGAAAAAAAACUCAACCACGACAAGUGAAAAUGGACAAAACAUUGACAAUCAUUCUCCAUCUGAAGAGGAAGGUGAGGAAAAAGCAGAGAGUCGAAAGGAAGAAACUGAGACGAAGAAUAAACAGCAGGUCAGAAGUACAAGACGUUUGGUAACUAAAGGUAAUCUCUGUUAUAUAUUGGCUAAAUUCAGUAAGCCCUUUCAUUGUGUAGCAAAAAACUGUGAUGCAGCUUUCUCCACCCAGGGAGGCCUUGUGCGCCACCUACAGGUUGUGCAUCAUUACAAUCGCUCUCAGCUCUUGUUGGAAAAAGAGUUUGACGCACACCACAGUCCAGAAGUCAAAAAAGAGCCGGCCAGGAAAAGGCCUUUGCCGAAUUCAGACGAGCCUCAGCCCCAAUACAAAUGUCAAUUUGCCAAUUGUAGAUCCUCGUACCACCUGAAAAGCAGCCUGGUGCGUCACACUCGAGACUUCCACUCUCAGCCACCUCAGCUGAUUAGGUGCAAGUACAAAGGCUGCACAGAAGUAUUCUGCCACAAUGAAGCACUGAAAAAACACACACUUUAUAGUCACUACGAGUACUACGAUUCACUGGUGGUACGUCUACAGAGCACUCACAAAAAGUCUGUAUCUGGAUGCCAAAAGAAGCUCAUCGUCACACCACAGAAUCCUGAGAAAGAAGCACCGGGUUCCCCGACGGCACAGGCGUCCGGUCCCGAGCCGGAAGUGACCCCGAAGCCAGAAGAAAUGGCAGAGCAGAGUCUUGAGGGGGAAAUAAAGUCCGAAGAGAAAAAGAAAAGGAGGAGGACCCCUUUGGUCUAUAGGUCUUAUGAAGAAGCGCUGCAGAUGUGCGUGCGUGGGGUGUACCCUUGUAUGGUUCAGAACUGUGAUUCUGUCGUCACGUACGUCAAGAGUUUACAACGCCACUACGUGAAUGUUCACCGCAUGGGUCGAGAGUAUCUUUUAAAGAAUCACAACGAGCUCAUUUUUAACUCUGAGAAGCUGGAGGAACUGAUUCUGAGGGAGUCGGUCAAGCUAACUGUGGAAGGAUCAUGUUCCCCUAAUGAGGUUCGAAAAAUUGAGUAUCAGGCAGAGGAAGAAAACCCAGAGGGGCAGGAUGCACCCAUGAGCCUGCUGCCCAUCGAGGCAGAAACACAGGAUGAAGAUAUUCACCAUCCACUGGGACUUCCAGAGGAUGGGGUGAAGGAGGAGGAGGUGCUGCCGCUACCCCCUGUUGAGAGAAAUGGCGUCCUUGUCGGUGCAGAUGAGGUGCUGUAUGGUGAGCCGAGCACCGGGGGGCACACCGAAGACUCGGCUGCAGCUGCGCACAUCAGUCCGAAACAGGAGCGAUUAAGCUGGGAUAAGAUCAAACCACUGCUUCGUCCCGUCACUGUCGACCUCUCGCCACCAUGCUCCUUGCGCUUCACUACUGAAGAGGGCUUCCAGGAGGCAUCGAGCAACAAGGAUGGCGGUAAAAUGUUAAACGGCUCAGCAACAGCGGCCACUCCUCUUAUCCGUCAGCCACUUAAACGUAAAAACGAACUGUCCGAGCAGCCGUCAAACGUGAUAGACCCUCAGCCUCGUAGCCCUUCUUUUGACAUCGCUGCUUAUAAGCCGAUUGGCUUUGAGUCCUCAUUCCUCAAGUUCAUACAAGAGUCCUCCCCGAAAGACAAUAACCCAGGAGCAGUGAAACGGCGAGACGCUUUCAGACGCAGCUGUUCUGUUAAAGAGAACAACCAGCUUGGAAUCUCUCACACCCGCAGCAGACGCACACAUUCCCCGCUGCUGAAGCCCCACGCUAUGAAUGGGGACUUCACGUCAGUCCAAAACUUGAAGUUCAUCCUGGACAAAGCUCUGGCUGGGUGUGGGGACCUGGCCAUUAAGCAGCUUCAGUACCUCAGACCUGUGGUGGUCCUGGGUAGACCUGUGUGCACCACCACCCUGCCUGACCUCUUCCCAUCAGACCCAAACAACAGCAAACUGCUUCUUGGAACUUAGUUGAGCUGAGCACCUAUUCAACAUGGCUAUUACAAAUAACGCUCUCUUUUAACAAACUGUCUAACAGUAUUUCUUUGUCCCACAAUGAUAGUAUUGUGGCCUUUUUUGUUCUUUGUUUUUUCAAGUUGCCAGAUUGAAGCAUUGUAGUAAUUAGAAUAAGACAAAUCAAGCUUAAACUGUGCACAUCAAACCGGAGAUUUUUUUUUUUACAUCUGUUAAGAAGGCAUUCAGAUAACAUGUAUGUUAAUUCAUCACAACUGUAUAUAAUAUACUUCUCCGAGAUAAAUGUACAGAUUUUCAGAUUGUUAGAAAUGGUCAGUAGCGUAAUGCAAUGCCUUUUUACUCAUGUGAAAAUGUGACUGUAAAAACAGUUCCUUACUAAAAAGAUCUGCAGGAAUAUGUUUAGUUAUUUUUCACCUCAGUUUGUAUUAAAUCAGUGUUGGGAAGCAGUGGACAGAGGUUGGCAGACAUGUAUUUAACACUUUCUGAAAAAAUAAAUGUGGAUAUGAAAUAAAGUCAUUAGCUUAUUGGUUUCUGUAAAUUACCGUUUAUUAAACCAUGUUUGUAAAGUCACGGUGAACAUUUUGGAUAAGUUUGCUGUUUUGGGUACAUUCUAAAAACAAUCGUGAGGCAGAUAAUAAAGCAAAGAAGACUCGAUCUAAAUUAACAAAUAGCUAAAAAUUUGUAACAUUGUGUUGGCUGAAAUGUAUAUUAAAGUUUACUGACAAAGUA